UGACGUAACGUACGCAGGCGCGCGCAGUUUGUUCGUGGGGCGAUGCCUGUCGUUCGCAUGUAGUUCGUGUGCGCUGUUGACGUUGUCGUUGAAGCAUUGGUUUUAUUCGUGUUUGUCAGCACAGUCUUUCGUACCGGCACGCAAGCCCCCCGAUCAUGGCGAGUUCGUCCUCCAAUGACGAAUCCAACGUUACAACAGAAACGUUCCUCCGGUCCGGCCGUGAAACGACGUCCAUUUCUUACGUCGCUAGGCUCGCCGCCGAGGCUUCAAAGUGGCGCGCUGUUGGUUCGUCGCAGGUGAAGGGGCAAGUGGUAGAACUUCAAGCUCGGCAGGCAUUCGAUUACCUGAGGCCCAGCCGAGUAGAAAAGCUUCGGGACGCGAUGAAUGCUUCCUUGCUCAAACUGACCGCCUCAGAAGAGAAGGCCCGGAGUCAGCUGGGAGAAGGCCGUAAUGUAGUAGCCAGUCGGCAGUGGGCCAAAGAAUGUGAGUCCAUGGCAUUGCUUGUGCACAACAUUGUCAACUGGAAGCCUCACCAGGGGGACAUCAUUGGGGACGUGACCUGGAAAGACUUUGACUUGGAGAAGCUAGAAGAGACGCACAAGCGUUUCAGCCGUGCAGCAGACGCCAUCGACGCAGACAUCAAGGAGUUGCAACUCCGCAUUGGGCGUCUGUGAGGAGUUGGACUGAGUGUAUAUAGCCUUCAAAUGUUCUGUAUUCUUAAUAAAGUUAUUAGUUUCUUGUUAGCAUUUACUAAAGUGUGUGGUA